AUGAAUAAGAUAUUUUUCUUAAUACCUAUAAUAGCCUUGAUAGGAUCUACACUGUUUUUAAUUUAACAAAGACCAACAGCUGAUCUUGAAAAUUUAGUUCCUGUUACUUUUGAGUAAUACCAAAACUGCACUGAAAAAAUCCCUUCUGACUAUCCCUGCCGUUAAAGCUAAGAAUUCAUUGAUACCUACUAUCUUUUUUAGAAUUAAACCUAUACUCCUUAAGCUCCUGAAGGUUGUAAAUAAUACAUCGUUUACUCGAGAUUCUUUUCUUAAAGUGAUUAUGAAAUUAACUUUUUCUAAUAUUUUGAAAUGUGUUACAUUAAUGAAAAAGUAAGAGAAAUUGCCAAUAGUAAUGAGUGCUUCUUCAAAAAUUAUUAUGCUCCUAAAUAUCUUCUUUGUGGUGGUUUUGACAUAUAUGCUUACCCACCCUAUACUCCAUUUUCUAUUGGAAACUGA